GUCAAGUUUAACGGUCGAACUGCGGUCACACUGCUUGCAUCACCUCAGUAAAAUCCAGCGUCUGUAAAUUGUUAAAAUAAUUUUGCUAUUGAAUCGCCUUGAGAAUUUCAGUCACCGUCGCUCCAUAUAUAAACUCGUGUAACGUAACAGCCUGAUUUAGCCGAGAAGCCGAGCAUUUCCCCCAAUCGGUUGCGUUGCGAAUAGCAGUGAGGUCCGCUAAUUGGCAAAACCGAUUCGAUUCCAGGGAAGGAGACGCAUAAGCAGAAGGGUGAAGAACAAAGUGAGGAGGAAAACAACAGUUAAUCGUCAAAUUUUACAGGAAAAGAAGGCAGUCCACGAUGAGCUCCGCGGAGGAAAACAGCAACAGCCCGGCCACCACGCCCCAGGACAACGAGGCCGCCGAGCAGGCCAACCUCACGGAUCUCGAGAAGAUCGAGGAGGAGAAGCUCAAGUCCAAGUAUCCCAGCGGAAUGCGCGUGCCCGGCGGACACUCGGCUUUCCUACAGAAAAGGCUGCAGAAGGGGCAAAAGUUCUUCGACUCGGGAGACUACCAGAUGGCCAAGCAGAAGGGUGGCGGCGUCAAGCAGGUCUUUGCCAACAAGGUUACCACCGGGGAGGCCAUUCCCACGCCCGAAACCGUGCCGGCGCGCAAGACUUCGAUCAUCCAACCCUGUAACAAGUUCCCGGCGACGAGCUAAUUUACUCACCUCUCACGUCUACUCUAUCCACAACCUCAACUGCAGCAUGUUCCCCGUUCCCACUUCAAAUGCUCUAUAUGCCUAAUUUUAAAGAAACCCCUAAUGCUAAGAUGGCUGCUGCCGGAUUGUGCAGGCAUUUCGCGAAGGUCUAAACUGAAUUUGUAGCUCCCCGUUCCGUUUCCCCCUAAACUUUAAACGCCAACCGCACUGGCCAAUCUCAAGAUCCCGUAAUCAGUCCAACUCUCAGGCCGGGGAAGCGAAGAUAGCGAGCCGAGCAGCGCGAAAUUUUUUGCAACAGUUAUAUAUAUCUCUAUCUCCGUAACAUUAACAUAACUUACCCUGAUCGUACGUAGCUGUAAGUAUUACGAGCAUAAUAAAUUUAAGUUGGAGCCACCCACAAACAUACUGUUCUCGUACAUUACAGGGAUUCCCUCAACUUCUUAUAAUUUACUUUGGCCUAAUAGUUUUCAAAAAUCAUCCAUAUUAAAUGGAAAAUAUUUCAAUUUUAAAGAGCACCCAAUCAUAAGCUGUUGAAGGAAUUUCUCUGAGUAAAAUAGGUAUCUGCUGCUUGCAGAGUUAAAUUUUUGAUGCGAAAGCCAAACUGUCGAGUUAAAAUCAAUUUGUAAAACCAGCAGAGCUAAAAUAAAUGUAUGUACGUACUACUUAAAAA